GAAAAAGUAAUCUAUAUAUAAAAUAUGAAAUAUGAAGAAAAUUUAUAUAAAAUAUCCACCAGCCGUAGCUCCUAUAUAAAUAAAUUACUAUCGUAAUAUACAGUACAUUUUAAAUAUAACUUUUGAAUUUAGAAGAGAUAGUAAUGGGAACAUUUUGCCGAAAGCCAUUUUGCCGAAAAAUAGAGAUUAUUUUUCGGCGAAAUGUCCCGAUACCAUAUUAGAACCCAAAUAUUUAGUGUAUUAUUCUCAUUUAUAAAUCUGGAUAAGCCAAUAAGAUUAUUCUAUUUCAGGGCAUUUUAUCUAAAAAAAAAAUGCAGAAGUCAGUAUGACGUAUUUAUUACGAUUGGUUAUAUCAUACAAUCAUCUCUAGCAAAUACCCUAAUCUCUUAUUAUCUGCGACAAAAUGUCCGGUGCAAGCUCAUUACAACGAUGCAUUCUUGCAGUUGGAAAUACGGGGAAUGGAAAAAGCUUUACAGCAACAAUUUUUGGAGCACAAAAUGUGAAAAUCGGACAUUCGAGCAAAUCAGAAACUGACACAAUUACGAUUUACGGUAUUAAAGGAGGCUUCUACAUUGAUACACCUGGUUUCGAUGAUUCUGAUGAAUAUAAGAAUGAUGACGAAACUGUACGUUCGAUUUUUCGUAAGAUGAUGGAAGCGAAAAUUCAGGAUAUAACAACAAUCUUGUGGUUUGUAGUACCUGAUGCCAGAGCGAAAGGCUCUUACAAACGUCAAGCAAGAUUUAUAGAAUCUUUGGCUAAAUACUAUAAAGGAAAUGUAUGGGAUAAUACCAUUAUUGUUACUAAAGGUGAUAAAAUUGGAAACGGCCCUCGUGAUGCUGCCAAUGAAAUAGCCUUAAGAGAACAUAAUAAAGAUAACUUACUUUCAAACACUGGCGAAUUUAAGAUUUUGUUGUAUGAAAGUUUACUGCCUACAGACGUUUAUGUUCAAAUGGGACUCACAAGUGAACGAUUAAACACGUUUGGUGUUUUUAAAGGAUCGGAACCGGAACGAAUCCUCGCGAAGUAUGAAUCAUUUAUGGAUGGACACCUUAAACAUCCGAUAGGUCU